AUGUCUAGAGCCAAGAGGGUUAUGAAAGAGUUGCAGGGUAUCAAAGAUGAUCCAGAAGCCAGGGUUGGCCUGCAGUUGGUAAACGAAGACGACAUUCAUCUCUUAAAAGGUUCGUUUCUAGGACCUCCUGGAACGCCAUACGAAAAUGGAAAAUUUGUGGUGGACAUCGAGGUUCCUAUGGAGUAUCCGUUCAAACCACCAAAGAUGAAAUUUGAUACCAAAGUAUAUCAUCCCAACGUGUCGUCGGUCACUGGCGCUAUUUGCUUGGACAUUUUGAAGAAUGCAUGGUCACCAGUAAUCACUUUGAAGUCAGCUUUGAUAUCACUACAGGCACUUCUACAAUCCCCCGAACCAAACGAUCCACAGGAUGCUGAGGUUGCCCAGCAUUAUAUUCGAGACCGUGAAUCUUUUAACAAAACAGCAACUUUUUGGACUAAAACCUACGCGCCACUGGACGGUGAUACCCAAAGUGCUCCCGUGGACCAGGUUGCUCUCUAUGGGCUUAAUCGAGUCCUGGUAGAACAAUUUGUCUCGCAAGGUUUUACGGAAAAUAAAGUUGUGGAGGUUCUCAGAAGAUUGGGAAUCAAGUCAAUGAGUGCUGAUGAUCACGAGAACGCCAACAAGAUUUUAGAGGAGCUCUUGAAGUAA